GCGGAGGACACUAUUAAAGACCGGACGCUUCCAGUAGAGGAGUGCUGUGGCGGGGCUUGCCGGCAUCAUGGCGGACAACCAUUACGAGCUGCUGCCGCCAGCCCCAGGCGGUCUCGGGGCGGGAUUGGGGGGCGGCCUGUGUCGCCGCUGCAGCUCGGGGCUUGGCGCCCUCGCCCAGCGCCCCGGUGGUGUGUCCAAGUGGGUCCGGCUCAACGUCGGCGGCACCUACUUCCUCACCACCCGGCAGACGCUGUGCCGGGACCCGAAGUCCUUCCUGUACCGCUUGUGCCAGGCCGACCCCGACCUCGAUUCGGACAAGGACGAAACAGGUGCCUAUUUAAUCGACAGAGACCCCACCUACUUUGGACCUGUGUUGAACUACUUGAGACAUGGAAAGCUGGUUAUUAACAAAGAUCUUGCAGAGGAAGGAGUGUUGGAGGAAGCAGAGUUUUACAAUAUCACCUCACUAAUAAAACUUGUAAAGGACAAAAUUAGAGAACGAGACAGCAAAACAUCACAGGUACCCGUGAAGCAUGUGUACCGCGUGCUGCAGUGCCAGGAGGAAGAGCUCACACAGAUGGUGUCCACCAUGUCUGACGGCUGGAAGUUUGAGCAGCUGGUCAGCAUCGGCUCCUCAUACAACUAUGGAAAUGAAGACCAGGCCGAGUUUCUUUGUGUGGUCUCCAAGGAGCUGCACAACACUCCAUAUGGCACAGCCAGUGAGCCCAGUGAGAAGGCCAAGAUUUUACAAGAACGAGGUUCAAGAAUGUGAGGACAGUCUUGACACCAGAAGAAAUGAUUUACUUUUUCCCAAGAUACAGUGAACCGCCAUGUCCAGGAAGCUUGGCUGUGAGAAGAAACCUGCUUUUGAUAAUUUCUUUAUAGAGAUCUGGGUGUGGAUCCUUUUUUGCUUUGGAGGUGGGUGGUGAGAGACAGCCCAGCUGUCAGAGACAAGCCAUGCCCAUGGGUGGAGGGUGGGCUGUCUCUGGGGGCCUGCUCUGUUCUUUCCAAAUGUCACGUGGGACUGAGGCAGGAUGUUCCUGACCAGCCAUGCAAUCCUGAAGGUUAUUUCAAGGGCAGGGCUUUUGGUGCUACAUACACAGUCUGCGAUAAGUGACCCAGGCCUCGAUGGGAAGAAGGAGCAGCAGCUCUGUUGACUGUCCAGCGCACAUGGCUUGGAGUCUGGGUGCUUGCUGGCCACUCUUUGAGCAGCAGGCUCUCAUCUUCAGGUCAGGGAGGCUGCUCUGCCUCUGGUGUGAUGAGUUGGCAGUUUCUUUUGACCUCGGCUAAGGCUGCCGACAGAGGUAGCCUCCACAUUGCUACUACUUCCUGGGCACCUGCUCUGAGGCCAGGCCUCCUUCCAGGCCAGGUUUUCCUCCUGGCUUCGUCGGCUGGACAGUUAAUGCUUCUCAAUUUGUAUGUCCCAGGCCAGAGAAGUUUGUAACCCUUUUUUAAGCGUGGAUAGACUACCUAAUGUUUAUACUCUGCAGAAAUGCCUAAAAGUGUUGCUAGGUUUUGGCUUGGUCUGUUAAACCAGUUAAUGGGAAAUGGAAA